UGACAACCUCCUGCAUAAUCGUUCUUCUAGUCUUGACCAAUCACAAACUAGGUAGUGUAUAGUCAUGCGCAGACGAUAUAGUAGAGCUGCUUUGAUGAUCGCCAUUUUACAAGCGUCUUGCGAUUGUUUGAGAAACGCUCUUGUUGAGCCAGUGUUUUUAACACGGUAGUACGAGUGCAUUUUGGUUUUAAAUCGAAAAGCCGGUAUGGGUGAUUAUCAAGUGGCACAAGUUCAACAAGAUGCUCUUGGGGCCGUCCAACUGGAGCUUGGUGGAAACCCUAACACUCUAGCACUACGCCGGCCUUUCGACCCCUUGGCCCAUGACUUGGAAGCCAGUUUCAGAUUGACGCGAUUUGCAGAUUUAAAGGGUCGAGGAUGUAAGGUGCCCCAGGAAGUUCUCAAUAAACUUGUGGAAGGUCUCCAACAGGAUUACAACUCUGCUGAACAUGAACAUGCCCAUUUUAUGCAUAUGGCAAUUCCGCGAAUCGGAAUCGGCCUUGAUUGUUCGGUUACUCCAUUACGACAUGGUGGGCUGUGUCUUGUCCAAACCACAGACUUCUUCUACCCUUUGGUUGACGACCCCUACAUGAUGGGAAAAAUUGCAUGCGCUAAUGUCUUGAGUGAUUUAUAUGCCAUGGGAGUCACAGAAUGUGAUAAUAUGCUUAUGCUUCUUGGAGUCAGUACAAAAAUGACAGAAAAGGAGAGAGAUGUAGUUAUACCCCUUAUAAUGAGAGGUUUUAAAGAUUCUGCCCUUGAAGCAAGCACAACAGUUACUGGUGGUCAAACAGUAGUUAACCCUUGGUGUACAAUUGGAGGAGUUGCAACUACAGUAUGUCAACCUAAUGAGUACAUUGUUCCUGAUAAUGCUGUUGUUGGAGAUGUGUUGGUGUUGACAAAACCUUUAGGAACACAAGUUGCAGUCAAUGCUCAUCAGUGGCUAGAUCAACCAGAACGUUGGAACAGAAUCAAAUUGGUAGUCAGUGAAGAAGAUGUAAGAAAAGCUUACCACCGUGCAAUGGAUUCCAUGGCACGUUUAAACCGUAUUGCUAGCAGGUUGAUGCACAAGUACAAUGCUCAUGGAGCAACUGAUAUCACUGGCUUUGGUCUGCUUGGUCAUGCUCAGACAUUGGCUUCUCAUCAAAAAAAUGAAGUAUCAUUCGUCAUUCAUAAUUUACCCGUCAUUGCAAAAAUGGCGGCAGUAGCAAAAGCAUGUGGUAAUAUGUUCCAAUUAUUACAAGGACAUUCUGCUGAGACUUCAGGUGGAUUGUUGAUCUGUCUACCUCGUGAACAGGCAGCUGCUUAUUGCAAAGACAUUGAGAAACAAGAAGGUUAUCAAGCGUGGAUUAUUGGUAUAGUAGAGAAAGGAAACAGAACUGCACGCAUUAUUGAUAAACCUCGAGUUAUUGAGGUUCCUGCUAAGGAGUAGAUGUAACAUAUAAUCCAAGUAUUUUUUGACAUACAAAUGGCUGUUAAAAGUCAAAAGUAUGAUUCCCAACAGCUUUGUAGAUCUAUUCUUUAUUAUUUUGUGCAUUUUUUUAAUACUAUGCAUUGUUUAUGUCAGAAUUUUAUUUGUUUUGAAUAGAAGUUUUACACACAUGAGGAAACCCUGUGUGAUUUCUCAUUUAAUGUUAAGUAUUUUAAAUUUUGUGAAAAUGUGUUUUGGUGAGUCCCAAUUGGCAUUUUUUGGAGUUUUAUUAUUUUUUUAAUAUAGAAAAAAUGUUCCAUGGUAUUUUGUAUAAUAAUUUUCCAAUAUAAUUACUGAGUAUUUAUGUGUUUUAUUUGAGGGGCUUAGAAGCAUGAUUUUCUAAGUGCUGGAUUUCCUAACUAAAAUAGUUAAAAUUAUGAUGUUCUCAUUUUAAAUCUAAAUCAUUAAAUUUUUCAUGGUAAUAUCUGAUAUUAAAUUUAUUCUCCUAAGUCUACCUUGUAUCACUUGUACCCAUUGGCGUAGCCAGCCAUUUUUCAUGUGAGGGGUUGUUGAGAACUAGAGGGGGGGUUCCAUCAAGAAAGUAAAUAAAAACAGUCAAUAGCGAUCAGUGCUAAUACAAUAGCGGAAAUGGUGACGCCAUUGCUUGUACCCUUUGCUUCUAAGCCUUUCAUUUAUUAGGAUAGGGUAAUUGGUUGCUGCCAUAAUGCCAAUAAAAAAGGAGACAACGAAAACAAAAGAUAGAACUACAGUGUAGAGAGAAAUAAGCAAGCAUGUUCGAACUGACCCUAUCC